AGAACAUUCUACCAACUUCCAUUUGCCCCUUUCCCAAGCUUCUAGUGCGCUUGAUAAUGCUAACCCCACUGCGACUGCCACUGUAAUACGACGAUGGCAACCAGAAGAACUCCGACGCUAACAAAAUCCGUUUUCGCCGCCGUAACCGCUUCUAGGACUUCUCGCUCUCGCUCCCAUUCCGCGCGACGACUCUUCCCCGCCAUCCCUCGCGCUUCGGAGAAUUCCCUUUCUCGGUCUCAGAUUAUCGACGCCACCAAUGUCGCCUCCGCCAAGUUCCUUUCUCGCUCUUUCACUCGCACCUUCCACGCCACUAAUCCCUCCCUCCGCUCCGCCGCAAGCUCUCAGGUGGCGCAGACGGACUUCACAGAUAUGGCAUGGGAGGGGAUUGUUGGUGCUGUUGAUGCGGCGCGAGUUAGUAAACAACAAAUUGUGGAGUCUGAGCACUUAAUGAAAGCUCUUUUGGAGCAAAAGGAUGGCUUGGCUAGAAGGAUAUUUACUAAGGCAGGAUUGGACAACACGUCCGUUCUACAGGCUACUGAAGAUUUUAUAGCUAAGCAACCUAAGGUUACGGGUGACACUAGUGGUCCUGUAGUGGGCUCGCAUUUUAGCUCCCUCUUGGACAAUUCUCGAAAGUACAAGAAAGAAAUGGGGGAUGAGUAUGUGUCUGUGGAACACCUUUUGCUAGCAUUUCAUUCUGAUAAGAGAUUUGGACAACAGUUGUUUAAGAAUCUUCAGCUUAGUGAGAAAGCUUUGAAGGAUGCUGUACAAGCUGUUCGGGGAAGUCAAAGAGUGACCGAUCAAAAUCCAGAGGGGAAAUAUGAAGCAUUGGACAAGUAUGGAAAUGAUCUGACUGAACUUGCUAGGCGUGGCAAGCUUGAUCCCGUCAUAGGUCGAGAUGAUGAAAUUCGGCGCUGUAUCCAGAUAUUAUCAAGGAGAACAAAAAACAAUCCUGUUAUUAUUGGUGAACCUGGUGUGGGGAAAACUGCAAUUGCUGAAGGAUUAGCUCAACGUAUAGUGCGUGGUGAUGUUCCAGAGCCAUUGAUGAAUCGAAAGUUGAUCUCCCUUGAUAUGGGUUCAUUGCUUGCUGGGGCCAAGUAUCGUGGAGAUUUUGAAGAAAGGUUGAAAGCUGUCCUGAAGGAAGUUACAGCAUCAAAUGGGCAAAUAAUUUUGUUUAUUGAUGAAAUUCAUACCGUUGUAGGUGCAGGGGCUACAAGUGGUGCAAUGGAUGCUGGGAACUUGUUGAAGCCAAUGCUUGGACGAGGUGAACUUCGAUGUAUAGGAGCAACUACAUUGAAUGAGUAUAGAAAAUAUAUUGAAAAGGAUCCUGCACUUGAGCGUAGAUUUCAACAAGUGUUUUGCAGUCAACCAUCUGUUGAAGAUACAAUAUCCAUUCUUCGUGGGUUGCGUGAACGCUAUGAGUUGCAUCAUGGAGUCAAAAUAUCAGAUAGUGCACUUGUUUCAGCAGCAGUUCUUGCAGAUCGAUACAUUACAGAACGCUUCUUACCUGACAAAGCCAUUGAUCUUGUUGAUGAAGCUGCUGCAAAACUGAAGAUGGAGAUCACCUCUAAGCCUACGGAAUUGGAUGAGAUAGACAGGGCUAUAUUGAAAUUGGAGAUGGAAAAGCUCUCUUUGAAAAAUGACACUGACAAGGCAUCUAAAGAAAGAUUAAGUAAGCUUGAAAACGAUUUGAGUUUACUUAAACAGAAGCAAAAAGAAUUGACAGAACAAUGGGACAGCGAAAAAGUUUUUAUGACUCGGAUAAGGUCAAUCAAAGAAGAGAUUGAUAGAGUCAACCUAGAGAUGGAAGCUGCUGAGCGUGAUUAUGACCUGAACCGUGCUGCUGAGCUUAAGUAUGGAACUUUGAUGUCCCUUCAGCGCCAAUUAGAAGAAGCUGAAAAGAACCUAAGUGACUUCCGAAACUCUGGACAAUCUUUACUCCGAGAAGAGGUCACUGACCUUGAUAUUACAGAGAUUGUUAGCAAAUGGACCGGUAUACCAUUAUCAAACCUCCAACAAACAGAGAGAGAAAAGUUAGUCUUGCUGGAACAGGUUCUUCACAAGAGGGUGGUUGGUCAGGAUACUGCUGUAAAAUCUGUCGCUGAUGCAAUUCGCCGUUCAAGGGCUGGAUUGUCUGAUCCAAAUCGGCCAAUUGCAAGCUUCAUGUUCAUGGGUCCGACUGGUGUUGGCAAAACUGAGCUUGCCAAGGCUUUGGCUGGUUACUUGUUUAACACUGAAAAUGCUCUUGUUAGAAUUGAUAUGAGUGAGUACAUGGAGAAACAUGCUGUUUCACGUCUAGUUGGAGCCCCUCCUGGUUAUGUUGGUUAUGAAGAAGGCGGUCAGCUAACUGAAGUGGUCAGGAGAAGACCCUACUCUGUGGUACUAUUUGAUGAAAUAGAGAAGGCACAUCACGAUGUCUUCAACAUCUUGUUACAGUUGUUGGAUGACGGAAGGAUUACUGACUCUCAAGGAAGGACUGUUAGCUUCACAAAUUGUGUUGUGAUUAUGACUUCAAACAUUGGUUCUCAUUACAUACUUGACACUCUUCGUAGUACACAAGAUGAUAAAACUGCAGUCUAUGAUCAGAUGAAAAGACAAGUUGUUGAGUUGGCUAGGCAAACUUUCCGUCCAGAGUUCAUGAAUCGCAUUGAUGAAUAUAUUGUUUUCCAGCCUCUGGAUUCCGAACAGAUCAGCAAAAUAGUGGAGCUCCAGAUGGAGCGAGUGAAAAACAGGCUCAAGCAGAAGAAAAUUGAUCUUCAUUACACAGAAAAAGCUGUUAAACUUCUUGGUGUACUGGGUUUUGAUCCAAAUUUUGGAGCUAGACCAGUUAAAAGAGUGAUACAGCAAUUGGUUGAAAAUGAAAUUGCUAUGGGAGUUCUAAGGGGAGAUUUCAAAGAAGAGGACUCAAUCAUUGUUGAUGCUGAUGUGACUCUAUCAGGCAAAGAACGUUCUCCUCUAAAUAAACUGCUUAUUAAGAAGUUGGACAGCCCUGAUGCGGAUGCCAUGGUCGUCAAUGAUUAAUUUUGCCUACUAGCUUCAGUUAGAUAAAAGCAGAGUUUAAAAAAAAAAAUUGGUAAAACUCCAUAGGGUACGAACGUAGUACUUUUUUUUUUGUGUGUAACUAUUGUCUUGAGGAUAUUGUGUUUAAAAAUAAUUGUUGAUUCAGGUUUUAUUCGAGACUCGGGUACUUUUUUUUUUUUUUAUCAUGACAACCAUGAGGAUUGAGCUCAAGACGUCAUGCAUAUUCUUCCAACUCCUAGUUGGCUGCCCCUUGUCGUUGAUGAUUAUGAAAAGGUGUUAAGAUUGAAUACAUAAGCAGCAUGUAUUUAAACCUCA